ACAACAGCAGACCUCUCCUGCUACAUCCCAAGCUGGCACUCGUCACCUGGCAUCCCCCUCCAGCCGGUCAGAACACCUUGAGUCAACACAAGACACAUCAACACGUGUACUACAGAAAUAAACCCGGAUUCUACAAACUAAUACAACGGCAGUUCACCAAGGAGGGAUACAGUUUCUCCUCCGACAAAAUCUGGAAAAAACUCAACAAUCUCAUUACCACAUCCAAAAGGGCCAAGGACCGCAGUGCCUCAACAGGAGAGGGGAAAAUAACAUGGGAAUAUUAUGGGGUAAGAAGUUUGUUCUUGCACAUCUAGUUGGUAAAAGCAACAUUUCCUUUUUAACAAUUCUGCAAUUCUACAGAUAAUGGACAACCUGUUUGGGAGGUGCAGUGUUGGGAGCGCACCACCAGGCACUGUUGUUUCCACCCCUCUAUAUCUAGCAUCCACCACACUGCCCUGUGCCUCUGAGAGCCAGCCUGGUCCCUCCAUGACCCUGCCCACCACACUGCCCUGUGCCUCUGAGGGCCAGCCUGGUCCCUCCAUGACCCUGCCCACCACACUGCCCUGUGCCUCUGAGGGCCAGCCUGGUCCCUCCAUGACCCUGCCCACCACCACUGACCCAACAACCACUCAGCCGAGAUCAAUCCGGUCUCGUGUCUCCCAUCCAUCCUUCUACGACCUGUAUGAGUCCCACUCAGAGAGGAGGACCAGUGCACUGGAGACACUGGUGCGGCCAGAACAGGAGCGCCAGAGAAGGCUGAAGGAGAGAAAUCGGAGGAGGUUCGAAGCAAAAAUGCUGACUGCGAUGGGAGAAGUAGUUACCCAAUUAAAGUGCAUUGGGAGCCAACAAGAGCGCAUCAUUGAGCUUUUACAGAACAAGCCCAAUAUGUCAUAAUUUCAUACACUGAAAAUAAGUGUUCACGUUUAUAUGCAUUUAUUAUUAUUUAUUUGCCAAGUACAUGUGUACAUAUGUAUAUAUCAUUUCAUUU